AUGGCCGAGAUUAAUGAAGAUUUGAUAUCAAAAUUUUGUACUAUUACAAACGCGACUGCAAAAAUUGCAACCGACUAUUUAGCGGUGUCAGAUGGAAAUGUUGAACAAGCAAUUACUUUAUAUCUAGAAAGCGGUGGUGUUGAUCUUUCUUCUCUCGGAGUAGGAAACAAUCGACAAGAAACUUCAACGGCUAUUAACGCCGUCGACUUAACAGGCAAUGAUUCAUAUUUUGAUAGUGAUGCAGAGUUAGCAAAACAGCUUGCUCGAGAAGAUUAUUCCGAAAUCCGAGCUCCUAUCGCGCCCAAACGCGACAUCCUUGUUAGAGGCGACCACGAGGACUUUAACAACAUUUUUGAAGACCGAAUGAUACCUGGUAUACCACGUACUCGUCGUACACGUGACGCUCAUAGAACAUUUGCCGACAGUAUUGUCCCUGGCGACCCUAGUACUCAUGAAGACGGAAGUGAUCAGUUGGCUAAUUUAUUCAAACCUCCUUUCGAAAUUAUGCACAAAGAUAGUUUUGAAAGGACACGUACAAAGGCUCGCGAUGAAGGCAAAUGGUUGAUGGUCGAUAUUCAGGAAAUAACUGAAUUUUCUUGUCAAAUGCUCAACCGCGACUUAUGGAGGGAUCCAACUGUUCAAGAUGUAGUCAGAGCACAUUUUUUAUUUUUGCAAUUUAAUUCAGAUACUGCAGAUGGGCGUCAAUAUAUAAAUUUUUAUCCUAUCGAAAGUUACCCACACAUAGCAAUAAUUGAUCCAAGAACAGGCGAAAGGUUGAGAGUAUGGAAUACCGCGAUGGAACCGACUGAGUUUAUAAUUAGUGUUACUGAUUUUCUGGAGCGUUAUUCUUUGACUGAUUCAAAAAAUCCAAUGCCACUUAAAUUCAAAUCCGCUAAAUCGGUCACAGAGAUGUCUGAAGAAGAACAAUUAAAGAGGGCUUUGGAAGAAUCCACUUCUUAUAAUAACAAAGUUGAUCAAGAAUCUGAUGAAAGUGAAACAAUGGAAGUAGAACCUGUGACUUCUGAAGAAACAAAUAUUGCAACUGAGAGUCCAGUUAGUUCGAUGUUUGAUACAAUUCAUCCUGUAGAACGAACUGAAGUUGGUGGUGGUCCAAGUACGACAGCGAUAAAAUUCCGUCUUCCAGAUGGUCAAAAUAUUAAGCGACGUUUUGAUAAAUCCGACCCUGUACGAUACUUAUUUGAAUUCAUCAAGGCUUCGGUUCCCGAAGCUCAAGAAAAGCAAUUUGAAUUGAUUUACAAUAGAAAUAGUCUGAUUAAUCAAGUUGAACGAACUGUAGAUGAAGCAGAAUUAUCUAAUGCUGUUGUCAAUUAUUUAAACUAA